CUACGAAUCAACGUGAUAGCACAUAACAUUUCUCAAAAUGAAAUUCUUUGUCGUCCUUGCCUGCUUUUUGGCUGUAGCCUACGCCAACGAAGAAGCCGAUGUCCUCCGUUUGGACAGCGAAGUGAACCCCGAUGGCUUCAAAUACGCCUAUGAGUUCUCCAACUCCAUCAAGGCUGAGCAAGAAGGUACCCUGAGCGGUGAUGCUUUGGUCGCCAAGGGCCAAUACUCGUUCACCUCCCCCGAAGGUGAAGCUGUUGCCGUCCAAUAUGUUGCUGAUGAGAACGGUUACCAAGUUGUGAGCGCCAACCCACCACUCCCAACUCCACCACCAAUCCCAGAGGCCAUCCUUAAGGCUAUCGCUUACAUCGAAGCUCACCCAUCCAAGGAAUAAGCAGCUGUUAU